GAGACUAUGCAGACAGGACAUCUGGUAGCCUUUGCGCUCCGAGUCUCUUCAAUGAACAAAAUAACUCUUAACGAAAGAUGAGAACGCGUCACACCAAAGUGCGAUGAAACCUACUUGGGAAAGCGAAUAUGUAAGAUGAUAAACGACCAAAGAUCUCGCACAUGCACUUUCUGGAGACAGACAAAAAAUAUGUUCGGCUUUGGGAAACUCUGCAGAUUAGCUCCAUCUUGAAUGCGAAAUGAGAGGAUCGCUGAGCCUCGCUGCGCGUACAAAUGGAUAUUAUUUUCCCGCGUUCUAUUUCUACCGUUGCGCAUUUUCGCGCUUUUUUCUCUGUGGAGGCGGUUGGAGUGUAACGGGUUUUGUUCUCGUUGGGCACCUGUUGUACGUUAGUUAGACGGAAUCAGUCACGAGUCGGUGCAACAUCCAAAACCAACAGGUGAGUUGUCUCACAUGAAGGCAUAGCAGCAAUGUCACAGCUCUACUUUCGCAGAACGGAUAACUUCUCGUACAGGGACCGGAUCCCUCUGCGGAUAGUUCGAGCUGAGUCUGAACUGUCACCACUGGAAAAGGCCUACCUGUGUGCUGUGGAGAAAGGUGACUAUGCCAGCGUCAAACAAGCGCUGAUAGAAGCAGAGAUCUACUUCAAAAUCAACAUCAACUGCAUCGACCCUUUGGGACGGACAGCUCUGUUGAUUGCCAUUGAGAAUGAGAACCUGGAAAUUAUUGAGUUGCUGCUCAGCUUUAACGUGUACGUGGGGGAUGCACUUUUACACGCCAUACGAAAGGAAGUGGUGGGGGCUGUGGAGCUGCUUUUGAAUCAUAAAAAGUCCAGUGGGGGCAUGCAGGUGCCUCCUAUCCUGUUGGAUAAACAGUUCUCCGAUUUUACCCCUGACAUAACGCCCAUCAUCUUGGCCGCACACACCAACAACUAUGAGAUCAUCAAGAUGCUGGUUCAGAAGGGUGUGUCCAUGCCCCAGCCCCACCAGGUGCGCUGCAACUGCAUGGAAUGCGUGUCCAGCUCAGACGUGGACAGCCUGCGACAUUCCCGAUCCCGUCUCAACAUCUACCGGGCCCUGGCCAGUCCCUCGCUCAUCGCCCUCUCCAGUGAAGACCCCUUCCUGACUGCCUUCCAACUCAGCUGGGAGCUCCAGGAGCUCAGCGAGGUGGAGAAUGAAUUCAAGUCCGAGUAUGAAGAGCUUUCCCAGCAGUGCAAGCAGUUUGCCAAAGAUCUGCUUGACCAAACGCGCAGCUCCAGAGAGCUCGAACUGAUUCUGAACUACAAGGACGAUAUGAAUCUCCUUGAGGAUGAAGGGAAUAAUGAUCUCGCCAGGUUGAAACUGGCUAUCAAGUACCACCAGAAAGAGUUUGUAGCACAGCCAAACUGUCAGCAGCUGCUCGCAUCUCGCUGGUAUGAUGAGUUCUCAGGCUGGAGACGCCGCCAUUGGGCCAGCAAGUUCAUCACCUGCAUGUUCAUCGGAUUCCUCUUCCCUUUCUUUUCGCUGCUCUACCUGAUUGCUCCCAAGAGCCAAUAUGGCCUCUUCAUCCGGAAACCCUUCAUUAAGUUUAUAUGCCACACUGCUUCCUAUCUGACCUUCCUCUUUCUCCUGCUGUUGGCCUCCCAACACGUGGACGGCAAGGACAAUCAAAGGUCCACCAAGCAGGGUCCAGAGCCCACCACUGUGGAAUGGAUGAUCCUACCCUGGGUUUUAGGAUUUGUAUGGGCUGAGAUCAAACAAAUGUGGGACGGUGGCUUUCAGGACUACAUUCACGACUGGUGGAACCUCAUGGACUUUGUCAUGAAUUCUCUGUAUCUGGCCACCAUCUCAUUGAAGUUCGUCACUUACUUUAAGUGGUUUGAUGACUACGGGAAGCGGCAGACCUGGGGGAUGUGGCACCCCGCCUUGGUGGGCGAGGCCUUGUUUGCCAUUGCUAACAUAUUUAGCUCCCUACGACUGAUUUCACUCUUCACGGCCAACUCGCACCUGGGCCCCCUUCAGAUCUCUCUCGGCCGAAUGCUGCUGGACAUCCUCAAAUUCCUCUUCAUUUACUGCCUGGUGCUACUCGCAUUUGCAAAUGGACUCAAUCAACUGUAUUUCUAUUAUGAAACUCCUGGCAAAAUGAUUAACAAUGUCACAUGCAAGGGUAUCCGCUGCUCAGAGCAGAACAAUGCAUUCACCACCAUGUUUGAGACAUUGCAGUCAUUGUUCUGGUCUAUAUUUGGUCUUGUUGCCCUGUAUGUGACCAAUGUUGACGCCCAACACGAAUUCACUGAAUUUGUUGGAGCCACAAUGUUUGGGACCUACAACAUCAUCUCUCUGGUGGUGCUUCUUAAUAUGCUCAUUGCUAUGAUGAAUAAUUCCUACCAACAUAUUGCUGACCAUGCUGAUAUUGAGUGGAAGUUUGCCAGAACGAAACUUUGGAUGAGCUACUUUGAGGAGGGCGGCACGCUGCCUCCUCCCUUCAACAUCAUUCCAAGUCCAAAAUCAGCAUGGUACCUCAUCAGAUGGAUCAAGACCAACUUCUUCAAUAUUAAACACAGAAAAAGAACAGAGACGUUUGGAUCACUUGGGAUGCGUGCUGCCGAAAACGUCCGCACAAACCGCCAGUACCAGGAGGUACUUAGAAAUCUGGUUAAGCGGUAUGUGGCAGCAAUGAUUAGGGAUGCCAAAAAAGAAGCGGGAUUAACUGAGGAGAACUUUAAGGAACUUAAACAGGACAUCUCAAGCUUCCGUUACGAGGUGAUGGGAAUGGUGAAGGGCACUAAGAGAGGUGUGUCGAACUCAAAAGGGCACACAAGAGCUUCAAACCUAGUGUAUCCUGAUAACCCUCUAAAGUGCAAUUCUACUUCAGCUGGAAGUCAACUAAAAGGCAAAAUGAGACUGCAGAACAUCACCACCUCUAUGAUCCAGGAGGGUGGACCCAAAGCCAACCCCUGGAAGCCUGGCGGCUUAAGUGGCCUAGCAGAUGGUUUCGUCUCAAAAGAUACUGUUAACAAUCAAAAUGACUGCAAAGGGCCAAACAACCCAGGAGAGAUUUACUCUGUGUCAGAAGAAGCUGGUGAAUCUGAAAGUGAAGAACAGGAUGAUGUCGAACAGGGAGAAAACGAGAACCAAAACAAUGAAACAGAGAAGGACGAAAUGAAUGAGACUUUGCAAGAGGAUGAAGAAAUGUUAUAUAUGCGUUAUAUGUGUGAUGACGAGAUGAAGGAGGAAAAAGAAUAUGAAGGAAGUAGAUUAUAACGGCAUUCACGCUCUGAAAAAUUAACAAUCAGAUUCCGAAUGCUGCAAAACAAAGAGAAAGAUGCUUGUCUCCUGAACUCUCUCUUUAUCCCAGAAGCAGCUGUGGCGAAGGUCCAGUGCAGGGCGCUGCGUCUGUAUGAGCUGAACAUCAAGAGUUGUUCUGGAGUCUCAGGGAUGAUUGCCACUUUUAGGAGAAUAUGGGGUCCAACAUUGUCAUUCACAGUGAUUUACACUCUCAACUGUGUAAAUGCUCCUGUAGUUUAUCGCUGCUCUGCUCCCUUUUCUGCUGAAUCAUAUAUGAAGGAGCAAUAGCAGACCCCUUGCUAUUCUAGACUUUUCAUUCUGCCUUACUCUGUUAGAUUUAGCAUUUUAUGCUAUCUGUGUUUCCAACGUUAAGAGAUGUCAUUACCGUCAUGCAACCUAAUAUCUUUAAUAAAGGUUACUAUGCAAAUAUUUACAACUUUUUACCUUUUAAGUCACGUUUUGCAUUGAGCAAGAGGCAGUUGUAUAAAAGAAGGAACUGGAUGAAGGGUGUCUUUUUACAAACAUGGAUUAAAGUCCAAAGUAAACACUGCAAAUCAUAAAGUCAGUAUGGUACAAUGUACUGUGUAAUCAUGUCUGUUUCCUCCUCCUCUCAUUUGUAUUCAUCCUAAAGAACAAGGAGAACAUGGUAUUAUAGAGUUUGCACAGUACAUAGUCCUUUAUGCUUCUAAAUGUCAUAUUCCAUCUAUCCUUGUUGUUUCCAUUACAGAUUAUUGCCUCUUAUUACAGAUCAUGAAUUAAUGCACAAAUAUAAAUGAAUAAAUAUAUGCUGUAC